AUGAUACAAACAGGCCUCAUCCCAAACGCGCACGGCGACCUCGUAACUGACGCGUCGUACGAUUUUUAUGGCUUGAGGCUCGCGACGUGUAGCCUGGACCAGCGAAUCAAAAUAUGGCAACUAGAUGAAGCCAACGGAACAUGGAGCACAGAGGACGACUGGAAGGCUCACGAUGCCGCUGUCUCUAAGAUCAGCUGGGCUCAUCCCGAAUUCGGCUCUAUCAUUGCCUCAUCGUCAUUUGACCGUACAGUGAAGGUGUGGGAGCAAGCGGCCCCAGCGGCGGCGGCGGACCAACAGACAAAUGCAAACGCGGGUGGGCAAUCAUCUUCAAGGUGGAUAGAAAGGGCUGUUUUGCCUGAUGCUAGAGGAACUGUCAGAAUGGUAGAAUUCGCACCGCAUCAUUUUGGGUUGAAAUUGGCUUCAAUUGCUUCUGAUAGCAUCCUUAGGAUACACGAAUGCCUCGAACAGCCCUCACUUACAUCUUGGCAGCUCGUGGAAGAAAUCGAUGUCCAGACCGUCGCUGAUGGUGGGUGGUGUUUGUCGUGGUGCAAAGAUCGGUAUUGGGGAGAAGUGAUAGCCGCUGGAUGUGGGACAAGUGGGACCAUAAAGACCUCUACAGCAGUAGAAACAACUAAUACGCCCUCCUCAACCGCAUACGCCAUUACCUCAGUGGCAUGGGCCCCUUUAUGUGGGAGGUCUUACCAUCUCAUCGCCACUGGUGGGCGGGAUGGCCAUGUGAGGAUAUGGAAAGUCAAACCCGGAUCUGACGACGCAGCGGAAGGCGACCACGAAGCUGCGAAAUGGACAGCUGCGUCUGUGGCUGACUUUGAUCAUCACAAGUCGGCUGUUGGUAGAGUGGAAUGGAACAUCACUGGUACGGUAUUGUCGUCUGCAGGCAACGAUGGUCGUAUUCGUUUGUGGAAAGCUACUGCUGGAAAUGUAUGGAGGCCUGCUGGGAGUGUUGGGGUUGAACAAGCGACGGGAGAAACCAGUACACAGACGGAAAAUAAGGAUGUUGAUAUGGAUACUUGA